AUGGAAGUCUCAGCGGCAGUCAAUUUCAAAGCACGAUUACAACGUUUGAUAGCUUACCAAGAUGUAUUUGCACGGAAUCAUCUAUUAGCACAAAGAAGUUGUGAUCAAGAAUUUAGUGCUUUUCUUAAAUUUCACAAUGAACUUCGUCGGAAAUAUGGCGAGUUACGUACAUAUAGUGAACAAAUGGAUCGUUAUAUUGAACAAUAUCGAACAGAAUUAUCACGUAAAGAUAAAAAAAUUCAAUCACAAAGCUCACAAAUUCUACGUUUAACUCAACAUAAUAAACGUAGUAAUGAACGUUUAAAUGAAUUACAACGAUGUUUAGAUCAAAUCAAAGGCACACUAACAGGACAAAAUGCUUUUGAUCAAUUACGCGAUAUACUCCGAGAUUCUGUCUUGUCAGAUAGUGAAACAACAACAGAUCUAUCUGAUAAGAAUUGUACUGGAGAAGAACUUGAUUUCGAAAAUUUACAUAAUUUACCAAAAGUUGUCAGUCAAUCAACAGGUGUUGGUGGAAUAAAGCGACCUGUAAAUUCCGUUGAUCCGGUAGAUUUUAAACGCCCAAAACACGAUGAAGCUUAUUCAAAAGGUCGUAUUGUUGCAACAACGACAACAACAGUAGAUAUGAAUGAUUUAAACAAUGGGCCUGUUGUAAUAACAUCAGAAAUUCAUCAUGAAGAAGAUCAACAACAUCGAGCAACAGCAAAUAUUGCUGAUCAAUUAGAUACAUCACCUUAUUCAAAUAUAGCUAUCGGAAGAGCGCCAACAGAUCAAUAUGCAUCACCAAUGCGUCCACCAAAUCGUCAUUCAUUAUCAGUUCCACGACCAAAACAAAAAGCACGCAAACCAUCAAAACAAUGGCUCGAUAAUAAAUCAGAAGAAUCAGAAUUGAGUACUGAUGAUAUAUUUUGGUCAAAACAUGAUGAAGAUCUACAACAACAAAAACAACAAUAUCAAGCUUCUCUUUAUCCAGAAUUACCAAAAUUGACAAGUCCACCGUCACAACAACAAAAGACCUUAACACCAUCAACACCUAUUCAUCAGAUUGCAACACCAACUAGCCUAAUGAAAUCAAGUCCAUCAAGUAUUGGUACAUUACGUGCACGUGCACAUAAUUUUAUUUCAAGAAAUAUUCUCAUACCAGAAACUUGUUGUGUGUGUCUAAAGCGAAUCCAUUUUGGUAAAUUAGCUUAUCGUUGUCAAUCCUGCAGUGCCCUGUGUCAUACGGGCUGCAAAGAAAAUUGUUCAACACUUUGUUUACCUAAUGUUAAAACACCAAAUCGUGGUGCUGUAUCGAAAUUUACUCCACGUGAACAAAAUCAACUACAAGUACCUGCGUUACUUGUACAUUGUAUCAAAGAAAUUGAACAACGUGGUUUACAAGAAGUUGGAAUCUAUCGAUUAAAUGUUGUUGAAGGUCAAGUAAAAGAACUUAAAGAACGUAUACUUAAAUCACGUACAGGCUUAUUUGAUUUAUCACAUUAUAAUGAUAUACAUUUAAUCUGCGGUGUGGUGAAAGAUUUUCUUCGUUCAUUAUCUGAAUCAUUACUAACGAAUGCUUUAUGGAAAUCAUUUGCGACUGUUAUUGACGAAGAAUCCGAUUUUAUAAAACAACAAAAUUUCGAUUCCCUUAUUCAACAAUUACCAAAACCAAAUCGGGACACAUUAGCAUUUAUGAUUCUUCAUUUACAACGUGUUGCUGUUGCACCACUAUGCCGAAUGCCUAUUCUUAAUUUAAGUCGAACUCUGGGACCAGCAGUUGUUGGUUAUUCAUCAAAACAUGUGUCUGGCAUUGACAUUGUUGGUGAAACUUACAAACAAACGAAAAUCUUAGAAUUCUUUCUUAAAAUGUCUUCUGAUUAUUGGUCGAAAUUUUUAAUUGAAGCUGAAACUCCUGAACCAUCGGCACCAGUUAAUAAACAACAAAUUGGUACGCCUAUUUUAACACGUCAUCAUCAUUAUCAAAAUACACCUCCGACAAAUUACACAACGCCAGCAAAUACAUUCUUUUCACCAUUAUAA